UGCUCUCGGGGGUGGGCGUCAUGGCUCUGCCCGGCUGGUCAGGGAAGGCUUGGACUUGCUUACUUCCGGCAAGGAAGCGCUGCGAAGUGUCGGCUUCGGCUUUCUCUGGGUUUGUAAGAAGAAACCCGUCUUCCCAGCCUUGGCUGCGGGAGCUUGGUCUUUCAGGAGAGCUUCCCGGACUGUGGCCUUGAGGAAGGGGGAUGGCCUUUGUGUCCAGACGAGGGUCCUGUCCCUAACCUUGACCGGGCCGGUUUUCGUGGAUCGGGGUCAGGAGCGAUGGUGGGGAAUCCAGGUGCAAAAUCUGUACUUAAAACCCUGGUUAUCUGCGGGACCCAUGAAGUCUCCCGUUGGGCUGUCAAGGUCUUGUGGCUUGAGGGACAGGACCAGUUUUGAGCAUUGUAAUGUUUUUGAUCUCUGUUCUGACUUGUUUGGCUUGUGGUAGAGAGAAGGAGUGGCUGCGUCUGGACUAGUUAGUAAGUCUUGUUCUGUAAUUUAUAUGAAAUGUAAUAUUCUUCACCACUAAAAGUGUAUUUGAUGAGGCCGUAUAUUAGAUUUUUAUUGCCCUCCUUUACAUUUUUUAAAUGUUGGAAAUAUUCUCCACUGAUCAUUAUUUUGAGGGUGGAGUGAUGGCUGUCUUGUACACAUUUUUAAGUAAAUUACUUUGUUGAGUGAUCAUCUUUGGGAUAAAUGACCUCUUUGUCAUCUCUUUGCUAAUAACGAUUUCCAAUAUAUCAGUAGGUUGCACGCUAAUGAAAGUGUCCUUGAGAAGAUCUCAAAGAACAGAAAACAAGUUUGAUCAGUGUAACCCAGCUUAGCCAGGGAGAGAUCCCUCCGAGUUGGAAUGAUAAUGACAGGAUCUGGGGAAGUUAUAGACUUAGACCCUCCCGCGGAGACCUCACCAGAGCAAGAAGACCUUCUGAUAGUGAAGGUGGAAGAAGAAGAUUGCACCUGGAUGCAGGAGUACAACCCACCCGUGUUUGAGACUUUUUACCAGCGCUUCAAGCACUUCCAGUACCAUGAGGCGUCAGGCCCCCGGGAGGCCCUCAGCCAGCUCCGGGUGCUCUGCUGUGAGUGGCUGCGGCCCGAGCUGCACACCAAGGAGCAGAUCCUGGAGCUGCUCGUGCUGGAGCAGUUCCUGACCAUCCUGCCUGAAGAAUUCCAGACUUGGGUGAGAGAACAUCACCCGGAAAGCGGAGAAGAGGCUGUGGCCGUGGUAGAAAACAUACAGAGAGAACUAGAGGAACGCAGACAGCAGAUCGUGGCCUGUCCUGAAGCGCUUCCUCCGAAGGUCGGGUCACCUGCAGCCGGGCCUGAGUCCUUCAGUCACCAGCUUCUGCCUGUAGACCCGCAGCCUGAACAUGAGCCGCAGAGGCCUCAUCUCCUGGAGGCAAACGCCCUUCCUGCUCUCCAAGUUCCCUCCCUUCCCCUGAAGAACAGCCAGGAGCUGACAGCCUCACUUCUCUCAGCUGGGUCCCAGUUGGUGAAAAUUGAAGAUGUGGCUGAUGUGGCUGUAUCCUUCAUCCUGGAGGAAUGGGGACAUUUGGACCAGUCCCAGAAGUCUCUGUAUAGGAAUGACAGGAAGGAGAAUUAUGGGAGUAUUACUUCCAUGGAUUACGAGUCCAGGAAUGACAACGUGGAACUCAUAGUAAAGCAGAUUUCUGAGGAAGCUGAAUCACCCUGGAUGACCUCAGGAAGCCCUGAAAGGACUGUCCCCCCGAGUCAAGAGUUUGGAGAAGUUAGCGACCUUCACAGCGUGGUAGAAAGGUGGCCGGUCGGUCCCCCCGUGGGGAAAUCAAGGCAGACCCCUUCCCAGAAAAGAGAUCUCGGGGCCACCAGGGACGUGAACCGGAAGUCAAACACCCACGGCGAGAGAGGGCACAGAUGCAACGACUGUGGGAAAUUUUUCCUUCAGGCCUCCAACUUCAUCCAGCACCGGCGAAUCCACACAGGAGAGAAGCCUUUUAAGUGUGGCGAGUGCGGCAAAAGCUACAACCAGCGCGUGCACCUCACCCAGCACCAGCGCGUCCACACCGGCGAGAAGCCCUACAAGUGCCAGGUGUGCGGCAAGGCCUUCCGCGUCAGCUCGCACCUGGUCCAGCAUCACAGCGUGCACAGCGGGGAGAGGCCCUACAGCUGCCCCGAGUGCGGGAAGAGCUUCGGGCGCCACUCCCACCUGAUUGAGCACCUCAAGCGCCACUUCAGAGAGAAAUCCCAAAGAUGCAGUGAAAAAAGAAGUAAAAAUGCAAAAUUGAAUAUUAAGAAGAAAAUUUCAGAAUUCUCAGAAGCAGGCAUGGAACCAACAGGAAGAAUCCAAAGAACUGUUUCUCAAGUUCAAGAUUUUGGAGAAGGCCAUGAACAACAGGGCAAGUUGGACAGAAAGCAGGGAAUUCCCAUGAAAGAGAUACUAGGCCAACCCUCUUCAAAGAGGAUGAAUUUCAACGAAGCCACCUAUGUCCACAGAAAGCCCUCCACCGGAGAGAGACCACAUAAAUGUAACGAAUGUGGGAAAAGCUUUAUUCAGAGCGCACAUCUUAUCCAGCAUCAGCGAAUACACACCGGGGAGAAACCAUUUAGGUGUGACGAGUGCGGGAAAAGCUACAAUCAACGUGUGCACCUAACUCAGCAUCAGCGGGUCCACACUGGGGAGAAGCCGUACACCUGUCCCUUGUGUGGGAAAGCGUUUAGAGUGAGGUCCCACCUUGUCCAGCAUCAGAGCGUGCACAGCGGGGAGAGGCCCUUUAAGUGUAACGAGUGCGGGAAAGGCUUUGGGAGACGUUCACACCUUGCUGGGCACCUGAGGCUCCACUCGAGAGAGAAAUCCCAUCAGUGUCAUGAAUGUGGAGAAAUCUUUUUUCAGUACGUCAGCCUCAUUGAGCAUCAGGUGCUCCACGUGGGCCAGAAAAACGAACAAAACGGCAUCUGUGAGGAAGCAUACAGCUGGAACUUAACGGUGAUUGAAGAUAAGAAGGUUGACUUGCAGGAGCAGCCUUAUAAGUGUGAUGUGUGUGGCACAGCCUUUCGUUACAGUUCAGACCUCAUCCAGCACUACAGGACUCAUACCGCAGAGAAAACCUAUCAGUGUGAUAUGUGUAGAGAAAGUGUUGGCACGUGUUCCCACACAAAACAACAUGCAAAAAGCUAUUCCAACCUGAAAGCCCAUCAAUGUAACGAAUGUGGCAGAGGCUUUGCUCUGAAAUCACAUCUUAAUCAACAUCAGAGGAUCCACACGGGUGAGAAACCCUUUCAGUGUAAAGUAUGCGGAAUGAGUUUCAGUUGGAGUUGUAGCCUCUUUAAACAUCUGAGAAGUCACGAGAGGACAAAUCCCAUAAAUACCUUAGGUGUCUAGAGGUUUCUAUCGUAGAACAGCUCCUACACAAAUUUAGAGAAGCCUUCCUGAAGAGAAACCCUCCUCCUAUAACGAAUGUAAUAACAGCUUCAACAUCUCUUCCAAUUUAGCCAUCAAACCUACAGAUAUGUUGAGAUCCUUCCGUUAGAACUAGGGACACUGGAGCACCCACAGCAAAUAGAUACCUGCUUUCCUGCCGAGAAAUGCUUUUGUUUGCAUCUUCAUGCUUGAGGGUCUAGACGGGGAGCACGUAGGAAUGCGGUGGACGAAGGGAAGCCUUCAGCUGGCUCUCAUUCUUCAUGUGAGUCUCAGAGCAUUGACACUGGGAAAAGCCUUAUGAAUGCAGUAGAAAGAAGCUUCAUUUGUAGUUUCUGCCUAGUUCAACAGCUUAUCUAUUCAGGGAAGAGCACAGUGAAAGAGAGAACCCUUCAGUGUGAUCUUGGUUUUGGUACCUCAGCAAUGAACCCUGUCUAGAAAUGGUGAUACCAGCCACUGGAAUGCUCCAGGUGUCGUUCCCAUCUUGGGAAUCAAACCCUUUGAAAAGAAAUUGACUUAAGGUAUUUCUGUUUUGGCAAAAUUGAGGUUCAGAGGCUGGAUGGUGUGUGUUCUCACUGCCUUAUUCAACCUACAACUUCUCCAUGAGACACACUCUACCUCUUUGUUUUGUUUUGAUUCUCCUGGCAUCAAGAGUAGCUAGUAGAAAGAGAAGCUAAGUUUGUAAAUGCAGGAGAAACUGCAUUGGUCAGUCACAUCUUGGGGAGAGGGGAGUGGGACCUUAGGGGGAUAGAGAAGACAGGCCAAACUGUGGACUGGUUUUUAUUCUAAUAUCUACAAGAAUGAGGGCAGCUACAUCCAUAGGAGUUGGAUCCAGUUGAAUUAAGAAUUGUGGUCCAAGGAGUAGAUGUACCAACUCCCUGUUGCCCUGGCGAUGGAUCUCCCCCAUAGGUUAAUGGCGUGGAGAAUGAGUUUCAACUUGAGUUGCAGCUGAAUUUGAAAGUAAACACUAACAAGCAGGGAGGUCCUGGUCUGGUGAACCCUGCCUUGCAGGAAGGUCUGGGUAAGGGUUGUGGGGGAAAGACGAUGACAUGGAAGAGAAGGUUAACUUGAGUCUGUUUGCUAGAGAGACGGGGAGAGGCUUCUGGGCGCCACUGAAGUCCUGCUUCUGCUGACUGCCUGGCGUAACAAUAAACACCCAAUAAAUACCAA